AUUUCAACAAACCUUGGAACAAGCCGACUUCCAAACAAUCAAUUUCAAAAAAAUAGGCCUGCAUCCUGGGCGGGACAGUAGCCGCAUCCUGCAGAUUUCGUAGACGCCACCACUCUUAAAGCUUUCGAAAAUUCGGGCGGGUUUGCGGUGGAAACGGUACAGCUACAAAGCCGCCAGGUUUAGGGCCGCUUCCUGUCGGGUCGAGGGAGCGAAUCCCGGGUUCGGGUAAAUGCUCCUGCCGUUAAACUGGUCCCGAAAGCCAUAUUGGAACAAUAUCCUUCGCCAGGUUUGCGGUAGUUUUUAUCGCGCUCGACUAAAGGCUAAUGUCCCUGAGUACAUAAAGGUGCUUUUGGACUGUACGACCAACCACUGAAAAGCGAUCCGCUUACGCAGCAACACAUCUCUCAUUCCUACCAUAGUUUCCAUCUUUCAAGUGCCCAGCAUGAACGCAGCCCACCACGAUAUGGCCCUGUUCGGCAGCUGGGUGAAAUACCAGCAUUAUGUCCAAACCAGCAAUUCAAAUGUGCCACGAAUACUGUCUUCGCAGGAAAUUGCACUGGCCGCCGAUCUAGGCAGCAAUUUUGAUUUUACGAAUGCUUUCCGUCAACGUCUUGAGCUUGGACGCGAUCUUUACACCGGAGUUCGGCAGAAUUUGAUGACAAUUCUUCAAAUUUGGGAUGCUGUAAUGGACGAAAGAGACAUAUUUGAAACGUCGGGAAGCUUUACGCUGCAUCAAGAUAUCCAGAAGGCGUUCAUUUUUUGUACAGAUACCAUUACGGCUAGGGUGAAUGUUGGAUCAUUAGGACCACAAGGGCUCCCGAACUACACCCCAACAUCCAGGCCUCCAAAACUCCAAAUAUGUACCGAAAAGUUGGGGCCGUACUAUGCAGGCCACGGCCAGUUUUUUGCCGAUAUAACGGCGGUAGGAAGGCAUGUCCAACAAAGUAUUGGGCCAUACACGGAGUUCCUUGCCUUAUCAGACUCCGGAGAUGCUGGAAAUAUCGAAAUCAACGACGAAGAUAAAGAAGAGACCGUUGAUGAAAACGAACACAAUGACGAAGGUGAUUACACGGAUGACGACGACGACGACGACGACAACAAGAGCGAUGAUGAUUAUCAGGAGGAGAAUAGUGAGAACGAUACGUCUCGGAUAAGUUUCCAAGCCCAAGGCACCCCUAUCAAAAAGGGAAGGGAAUCUUCUCUGGAUAAACUGGUCAAAUUCGAUAUGGCUUGGGUUAAUGAUACUCAAGGGUUUAGUAUGGGAUCGGAACCGGACUUUGAAGAACUGUCCCGUCCCGCACCGAGCCUUUCUACCAAGUGAACGUAUGCAAAUGUUCAUGAAAACGAGACUGUUAACAGAGAUAAGUCCAAAAGGCAAAGGAAAUAAACCAAAAGACUGAGAAGAAAUUUCUUGAAUAGUGUCAUUUUUGCUAGAAGUUUGGCUUGGUUUCGAAUAGUUUUUGAUUUUCCUCGUUUUUCGAUCAAAGGCAGCUGGAUUAACUGGGUUUUUUUAAAGGAUUUGUUUGCAGAAUGUGAAAAGGCAUUAGUUUGAC